AUGGCGUGGCAAUCAGGGGUAUGGAAGUCGCCCUUGAACCUUAGCAAGAACAACGAUGAGUCAAGCUUUCCGGGCCUCCAGCCCGCCGCGAGCCCGGAGGCUACCAACAAGAUUGAAUAUGAUGAACUGCAGCAGAAUGAGCUCCUCGCCCUUGAGGCCAUCUAUGGCGAAGACUUUGUCAUGCACACGGGAACUCACAGUGCUUGGAAGAGAACAGAUCCUGCUUUUGAUAUACGAAUAAAAGCUUCGAGAGACGAAGACUUUGCUGUCACUCUCGGGUUUGUCAUGACUGCGACGUACCCGAAGUCUCCCCCGUUGAUCACCUUGAAGGACUAUGACCUUAAGGAAGUCACCCAGUUCAAGAUCCAAAAGUUCCUCGAGACGCAACCGAAGAUCUUUGCGCAGGAUCAGCAGGAGAUGAUCGACCAGAUUGUCGAAGGAGUUCGGGAUAUCCUCGAAGAUGCCGCCCAAGCAAAGGCAGAUGGCAAACACUUGCCGUCCCUCGAGGAGGAGCGAGAACGACACGAGGCCUCCAUGGCGAAGCUAGCGCAAGCUAAGAAGGAGGAAGACGAUCGCAAGAAGAUGGAGGAAACAAAAGAAGAAGAACGUGUCAUGGCCGAGAUGCUCCAGCAGCAGAUUGAUCGCCAACGACAAAAGGCCAAGGAGUCGAAGCGUCGCCCCAAUGGCAAGACUCCCCAGCAGCCCACCUCAAGCACCGAGACGGAAGAGCUCAUCGAGUUCGACCAAUAUUGCAAUACGACGGACAAGUCGGGGAACAUUCUCACCUUCAAGGCUGUUGCUAGCAAAUGCGACCCCCGACAGGGCCCUGUCUCGGUUGUCUAUACGGUCAGGCCUGUCCUUGCUAACGGCCAGGGCAGCCAGACGAUGGCACUCAAGGAAGCUGUUUUGCGCACUAGUAGUAAGGACUCCAAAGAGUUCAAGGUGCAGCUGCAGAGUCUCGAGUCGCGUCUUCAGGACCUCAAGACGGUAAAGCGAGUUCACCACCGCCACCUCGUCGAGGUCCUGGACUUCAAGGUCCAGAGUGGAAUCGCCACUGACCCGACCGUCCCAAAUGCAUGGACAGUAAGCGUCUUGACGCCGCUGGCGGAAAAGGGUCCCCUGGAGGAGCUCUUGGAACUUGCUGGGCAGAUUGAGAUUGGCAAAGUGCGGUCUUGGACGCGUGACUUGCUAGAUGCGCUCAACUUUCUUCACAACAAGAACAUUGCCCAUCAAGAUAUUCAUGCAGGGAACAUCCUGCUGUUCCGAGAGUCCACAGGUGAAAUCGUUCCCAAGAUCUCCGACUCGUGGUAUCAGAGAGAGAUCCACGCCAUCAGCUCGCACAAGCCGGGACCCCCAGGGAUGACUACUGCCAAGUCUGCUUACUGGCUGCCACCAGAGGUUGCUGCUGCGUCCAAACCUCAGUAUACAUACAAGACUGAUAUUUGGGACUUUGGUGUUGUCUUUGUUCAGAUGAUCUUUGGUCUUGAUGUGCUGCGGACAUACUCGUCGCCCAAGAAUCUGAUGGAAUCGCUUACUCUGUCCCAUUCGUUGCAUGAGCUGGUCAGCAGAUUCUUCAAAGAGGACAAGCAAAAGAGGCCACGGGCUUUUGAGCUUGGAUCCAGUGAGUUCUUGGCUACUGAUGCGCCAGUCCUCUUUGACGACACGGCCGCGAUGCUAUCGAGCAGCCCUUCCAUAUCCUCAUUGCAAGUGAUUCCUGCAAGACUGAGGCGUGACUCUACUACCCGAGGCCCUGCCUUGUCCAGAUACACUGAAGACUUUGUUGAAGAAGGCAGGCUUGGGAAGGGCGGCUUCGGUGAGGUGGUCAAGGCAAGGAAGAAGCUUGAUGGUCAGAUUUAUGCCAUCAAGAAGAUCACGCAGCGCUCGCAGGCCAGUCUUACUGAAAUAUUGAAGGAGGUUCGGCUGCUUUCUCAGCUCAGUCAUCCCGCUGUUGUUCGAUACUACAACACCUGGGUAGAGGAGAUCCCAGACCAAACAGACACCGAGGACGAUACUUCGACGGGUUACUUUACGGAAGAUACCCGAGGGACUGGGUCGGCUGGAAUUGACAUCCAGUUUGCUACUAGCACCGGAGGCCUCGAUUUCAUGUCCUCGAAUGCUAAUGUGGACUUUGGGUUCGAUGACUCCGACGACUCUGAUGAUGACGAGGACGACGAUGAGGACGAUGACGAUGAUUAUUCAGACAGCGAUGUGGCUAUCGGCCGUGUUCUUUCGCCUGACAAGGAGAGAAACGCCGCAAUGUUACGGCGUGCUCGGUAUCAGCGAUCGUAUCGAACAAUUCUAUACAUCUCGAUGGAGUACUGUGAAAAACGGACCCUUAGGGAUCUCAUUGCGAGAAACUUGUAUAAGAAUACAGCCGAAAUCUGGCGCCUCUUCCGCCAGGUCUUGGAAGGCUUGGCCCAUAUUCACGGACUCAGCAUCGUCCACCGUGACUUGAAGCCAGAGAACAUUUUCAUCAGCAGUGGCUCUGACGGCAUCGACAAUGUCAAGAUUGGCGACUUUGGACUUGCCACCAGUGGACAAUUCUCAGUGGACAAGGUGGCUGCCAACACUCUUGAGACGGAUGAUAUGACAAGGAGUAUUGGCACUGCCUACUACUCUGCGCCCGAAAUCAAGUCAACUGUGAAUGGAAUGUAUAGCACAAAAGUUGAUAUGUACUCUUUGGGCAUCAUCUUCUUCGAGAUGUGCUACAUUCCCAUGAUGGGCAUGCAAAAGGCCGAUGUGCUUGGUCAACUUCGACGAGUCAAGCCGGUUUUGCCAUCUGACUUCAAGCCGGCAGACAAGGUUCAGACUGAGAUUGUGCUCUCUCUUGUCAAUCACAACCCCAAAGAGAGACCUUCAAGUGCAGACCUCCUCAAGAGCGGCAAGCUGCCGGUUCAAAUGGAGAGUGAGACUAUCAGACGCACCCUUGCUGGACUUGCUGAUCCCAGCUCGCCAUACUAUCGCAAGAUGCUUUCAACCUUGUUCGCAAAGCCCAUGGAACCUACAAAGAACUAUGCCUGGGAUAUGUUCUCUGCGGGCCCAAGUCCCCAGGAGUUGCUCAAUCAAGGGAUUGUCAAGAAGUCUCUCAUCAGCAUCUUCCGCCGUCAUGGUGCGCUGGAAUGCCCCAGGGGAGUCAUAUAUCCUCGCUCGUCUCAUUACGGAGAUAAUGCCGUGCAGCUUUUGGACGCCAACGGAAACGUGCUUCAGCUUCCAUACGAUCUCACUAUGGGCAAUGCACGAAUGAUGGCCAAACAAGCCACUGGUCCUGUGUUACAAAGGACCUUUACCUUUGGCAACGUUUUCCGUGAUAAGCAAGACACGGGCCAGCCCCUGAUGUUUGGCGAAGUCGACUUUGACAUUGUCACGACUGACGCACUGGAUCUAGCAAUGAAGGAGGCUGAGGUUCUAAAAGUGAUUGACGAGAUCAUUCACACAUUCCCUUCCCUGUCUUCGACGGUCAUGUGCUUCCACCUGGGACACUCUGAUCUUUUGCAGCUUAUUUUCGAGUAUUGCGGCAUUGAACCAGCGUGCAGACGCGCAACUGCAGAUGUUCUGAGCAAGCUGAACAUCCACAACCACACAUGGCAGAAGAUUAGGAUCGAGCUGCGGUCGGCGGCCGUGGGUGUAUCAGCGACAAGCGUGGACGAACUACAACGAUUCGAUUUCAGGGACACGCCAAACAAGACGUUUUCCAAACUGAAGACCCUAUUUGAAGGCAGCGACAUGUACCAGCGGGCCUCACCCACAAUUGCGCACCUGAAGGAAGUCAUUGAGUAUUGCAAACGCCUAGGGGUCGGGACCAAGGUCUACAUCAACCCCCUGAACAGCUUGAAGGAGGGCUUCUACACGGGGGGCAUCCUUUUUUCGUGCCUCUACGACAAGAAGACCAAGGACGUCUUUGCAGCUGGUGGGAGAUAUGACCAGCUUAUCAAGGAACACCGACCCAGAAUCGGUGGCCAGUUUGGUGAGAGGCACGCGGUUGGAUUUAGCUUGGCAUGGGAACGCUUGGCAAGAGUUUCCAAAGUCAGCGGACGAGCGUUCCUCAAGAAGGGAGAGGAGGAAGGAAACGGCAUGUUUAAUACUCGAAGGUGUGACGUUUUGGUUGCCAGUUUUGACGCCGCUCUGCUCAGAUCAUCUGGUGUUGAACUUCUUCAAAUGCUCUGGGCUCACGAUAUCAGCGCGGAAAUGGCCAAGGACGCGAGAUCUCCUGACGAGUUGCUGUCGAAGCACCGCGACGAGGUGUACUCGUGGAUCAUCAUUAUCAAGCAGGACUCCAUCCUGAAGAUUAAGAGCAUGGGCAGAAAGGACGCACCAGACGUCGAUAUUCCGUCAACACAGCUGCUAUCUUGGCUCCGAGGUGAGAUCCGAGAACGCGACGCGAGGUCUGUGGUGAAGCUUCGAGGCAACAGUUCUCAGGCCGAACCCAGCGGCUCGGGCGACAAGGAUCCGGAGCAGGAGGUUCGAGUACUCGUGGCCCAGACACGGAGCAAGAAGUUCAACCGUAGAACGGUGGUGGAACAAGCCCAGGUCAGCGCCAGCAGCGUAGUGCGAUCGUUCCUCGACGGACCAAUCCUCGCCAUCGAGACGACAGACCAAGUCAUGGACCUGAUCCGCGAGACGUGCCUCUCCGAGCCCGAGAGCUGGCGGCAAGUCGAGCACGCGGUGACGACGUCAGAGAAGAAGUACAUCCGCGAGAUCCACGACCAGUUGGACACGUGGCGGUACAAAUUUGAGAAGAAGAACGGGACGAGACACUCGUUCUUGUACAACUUUCGGUCUGGCAACUGCAUCUACUAUGAUUUGGGCAACUGA